AUGACUGUAGUCUCAGAUGAUCCCAGUUAUUGGCCGACAGUUAAUUCAUCUAUUUUUAUCAGCUAUUGGAUAGUUGCCGUCGCCGCCGUGGUGGUAUAUGAUUGGGUACUAACACUUGGACAAGAGAUUGAGCUGAUUUGGAGGCAGCGCUGGUCCCUCAUGACUGUUCUGUAUCUCGUCAUCCGCUACAUUGGAGUACCAUAUAUUGUUAUCGACAUUCUGGAAUAUAUGCCAUUUGUCUCGAUCACAGAUGCAGGUGUGUCAGGCAAUAUCACAAACUUGUUAAUCGAUUGGAUAGAUUUUGUCGCGACUGCCGUGCUAAGCGUCAUCACGAUUGCUCGAUUGUAUGCCAUGUAUCUUGGAUCCAGGAAGGUGUUUAUCUUCCUUGUUGUCAUCUUCCUGGCAAUCAACAUCACCUGCGGAGUCGUCACCGGAAUGGCACUCAGGUAUGCUUCAGCAGAAGAGUUCAUACUCAGCGGCAACAGUGUAUGCAUUGGCAGCAAUCCGGGAGACUUCAAUUUGCUGGUAUCAAUUAUUUGGAUGCUCAACGCUGUUUGGGAGGUCCUCGCACUGUAUCUGUCAGCCUGGAUUGCUGUUAAACACUUCCGUGACCUGCGGCGACUCGGAUCAUCGACGGGAUCAACCAUCAAGGACUGUUUUACAAUCUUGAUAAAAUCUCACGCGCUUUAUUUUGCAAGCUUUGUUGGUGUUUCUUGCUUUACCCUUUGUCUUCUCAUUCCAAAUCUUUGGGAUCCAAAUUCUACGGGAGCUUUGAUUUUUAAUGGUGUUCUUCAAUUUUUUUUGGUGGUGCAGAAGUUUGUGCUCGGACCACGCCUCAUCCUUAGCAUUCGGGAAUAUCACGCUACGCUCGUGGCUGACUCUGAUGCAGGAACCGGCAUGGGUUCGAUUGCGUUCCAGGAACGUAUAUAUCUAUCAACCAGCAGUACUGUAUAG